AUGCGUUUCUCGAUCGUAUUUGUUCUUUCCGUCCUAGGAUGCCUCCUGCUUAUCCAGGAGGGCAGCAGUACCACAACCACAUCUACAACUACAGACGCGACCACAACCACAACUACCACGGCUUCAUCCGACACCACCACCACCACCACUGACGCUACCACCACCACCACGACCACUGCCUCCUCCUCGUCCUCUUCCUCUGCGGAGGCCAGGAGGCGCAGGCGUGCCCGUCGCCGCCGUCUGGCCCGUCAGCGCCAGCGCAAGGAGCGCAAUAGGCAGCGCAGGACUCAAAGGUUGCGCCAGCAACUGGAGAAUAAGCGCAGGCAGAUCAAACAGUUGCGCGGAUAA